GGAAGACUGAAGAAGGCAACACCGCAUGCUUCGUUUCCCGUAUCCCGUCUCCCGUCUCCCCUCUCUUUGACUACGUCCUCCGGAAGAGAUCUACGUUCUCCCGUUUAUCCUAGAGCUGCCCCAUCAUGUCGUCCCCUCUUUCUGCAUCGGGUAAACGCAAGCGAAGUUCUUCUCAACACCAGCCGAGAAGCAUCCUCAACACGUCCAAUGCAGAAUUUUUGCAACCCUCUUCUCGAGACGCAUCCGGUGAGGACGGUGAAGACUCGACCAGCUCGGUGACCUCGCCAAACAAGCACAGGAAGCCCCAGCCAGUUGAUGCUGCAAACAUCCCACCAUCGAAACGAGUUCGGAAGGGCUCUGGUGAUAAUAAUGCACAUGCCGUCAAUGGUACAGUAGACCUGUCUUCGUUGGAAAAUCAGGAUCCUGGCGAGCCGUCAGAGACGACCGAUGGUAGCAGCCAUGCUGUUGGAAAGCGAUCCAAGAGCCGGCCGGAUUUGCAUCUCAAGACUCCUGUAGAACCAGCAGACGAUGACCAGGAUCAGGAUACGGGUGCACGCAUGGAACCACCUGCAAGGGGAGGAUUGCAGGACCCUGUCGGUUACCACACCAACCCUCCGCCUGUAGGUCGGCCGGUCCGAGUCUAUGCGGAUGGGGUUUUUGAUCUUUUCCAUCUCGGUCAUAUGCGACAACUAGAACAGGCUAAAAAGGCCUUCCCAGAGGUGUAUCUCAUUGUUGGGGUGACUGGAGAUGAAGAAACCCAUAAACGCAAAGGCCUGACUGUUCUCAGUGGUGCGGAGCGGGCAGAGACUAUCCGCCACUGCAAGUGGGUAGAUGAAGUGAUCCCAAACUGCCCGUGGAUUGUGACUCCCGAGUUCCUCGAGGAACACAAGAUCGAUUAUGUAGCGCAUGACGACUUGCCUUACCAAGCUGACGAAGGGGAUGACAUCUAUGCUCCCAUCAAAGCUCAGGGCAAAUUUUUGGCUACGCAGCGAACAGAAGGUGUCAGCACGACCGGUAUCAUCACUAGAAUCGUGCGUGACUACGACCAGUACAUCGCCCGUCAAUUCAGACGGGGGGCAUCCAGGCAAGAACUCAAUGUCUCCUGGCUCAAGAAGAACGAGCUGGAAGUGAAACGCCACGUAGCGGAGCUUCGAGACAGCAUCCGCAACAAUUGGACAACAACGGGCCAGGAAUUGGGGAGGGAACUCCGACAGUUCUGGCAGAACAGUCGGCCGGGCAGCCCUGCCCUCAGUGCGAGGAAUAGCGUGGACUACGGCAACUCGCGCGGCGGGUUAAUCAGUCCAACGGCCAGCAAGUCUCACCUUACACGGGUGGAGGGGUCCUAUCGCCCAGAAAGCCCUGUGGGAGCCGGGAGAAACGAAGAUUUCGCGACAGGAUACAGUCUAGGGCUUCUUGGUGGUGUUAGAGCAUGGAUGUCGCGCAACCGCCGCUCGCUCUUCGAACAGUCCAAUGGAAAUCAUUCAUCUUCCGGAAGCGAGGAAGAGCAAGAGCCUGAAUCUCAGAAUGGCAAUGGUCACAGCACCAGCCUGGCGUCGCCCGAGUUCAAUGCUAGAACUGGCGCCAACCCUGUUUAGCAUAUUUGGUAAGACGAGCGUCUUAAAUUGGAUACCCCGACGCGGAAUCCCAUUCUCACGAACGCUCAAACGGACAGCUCACUCAAUGGAUGCUGUGACCUAUUAUUACAUGCAUUAUAUUCUUACGAGAACAUAAGCUCUCUCUCUCGCACUGUUUAGCUUCACUUCAUCGAGGAGCAAGGCGUACUUCUUUCCCCCCGGAUUCAGUCCUUACCUUUCUAUCUUUUGUGUCAUCGUUUACCAUGAAUUUUCUUGCUAUUGGCCCUCCACUCAAGCCCCCGAUCAAUAUUAUUUAUACACUAUUAAUUCUUCAGCCUUCUUUUGACCCUGAAAGGGAGCCCACAUCGAGGAACGUAUGGACCAGGAUGUCUAGAAUGCCUCAUGCCUUUCCCUCAUGUCUUGUUCACUGAGGCCUGAGCAUGGGGUGAAUGCUGAAGUGAGUGGCAAGCAGGGUGUAGCGGAAUCAAUCAACGCUGUAAAAAAUGAAUACUGUACAGAUUCCCAAAACACGCUCACUGAUUCUUUCCUGGAGCAUAGUUAACAGCUGUUUCGAUGAGCG